AUGGUCAAUGAUAAUGCUGAAACCUAUAAUUACUCUCUUAAAAAUUCAAACGAGAACAAUAGACCAUUCAUUGAUGACAUUGUUUUUGAAAUUCUUCAUUUCCUUGAAUCAUUGUUUAUAAUUCAAAUUUGUAUGAAAAUUUCGAAACAAUGGAGACAGAUAUCAUUUCAAAUUCCGCUAUCCUUAUCAUUCAAAGGAAAUCAGUUUAAACAAGUUCGUAAAUCAAUCAUACUUUUAGGUGAAUGUUUGAAAAAUUUGACUUGUUUGGAUUUGAGUUAUAAUCAAAUGGGUAAUGGAGGAGUUAAAAAUAUUGCUACAAGUGAAACAUUGAAGAAUUUGAUUUCUUUGAACCUGUAUCGCAAUGAAAUUGGUAGUGAAGGCGUCAAAUAUAUUUCUGUAAGCGAAUCGUUGAAGAAUUUGACUUGUUUGAAUCUGGGUAGCAAUCAAAUUGGCAAUGAAGGUGUUAAAUAUAUUGCUGCGAGUGAAUGGUUGAAAAAUUUGACUUGUUUGGAUCUGUAUCGCAAUGGAAUUGGUAAUGAAGGAGUUAAAUAUAUUGCUACAAGUGAAUCGUUGAAGAAUUUGACUUGUUUGGAUCUGUUUAUAAACAGAAUUGGCAAUGAAGGCGUCAAAUUUAUUUCUUCAAGUGACAAGUUGAAGAAUUUGACUUGUUUGGAUCUGAGUAACAAUCAAAUCGGCAAUGAAGGAGUUAAAUAUAUUGCUACCAGUGAAUGGUUAAAGAAUUUAACUUCUUUGAAGCUGUAUGGCAAUCAAAUUGGCAAUGAAGGUGUUAAAUAUAUUGCUGCAAGUGAAUCGUUGAAAAAUCUGAAUUCUUUAGACCUGGAUUACAAUUCAUUCGGUAGCAGUAUAGAUAUUCUGUAA